AUAGUUCUCUUCAAUUGUAUUCUUGUUCUCUCCCAAGUCCUAAUAUGGUAGCUGAGAUGGGCGAGAAGGUGGGAGGUGUCGAAACCAUGAUCAAUAGUGGCAGUAAGAGUAAGACCAACUCCUUUCUUACCAUCUUCAGGCACGCCGACUGUAAAGAUAUGUGGUUGAUGAUCCUUGGAUUCAUCGGCGCCGUCGGGGAUGGAUUCUCUCUGCCUGCCUUAUUCUAUGUGAAUGGCAUCGUCUUCAACAAUUUUGGUGGUUCCUCCUCCACUAAUUCUCAUGACUUAGUUACCAAAACCAACCAGAGUGCCUUGUGUUUACUGUACGUGGCUUGUGGGACUUUGGUUGCUUCCUUCAUGGAGGGGUAUUGCUGGACAAGAACAGGGGAGAGACAAGCCACAAGGAUGAGAGCAAGAUACCUAAAAGCUGUGUUAAGGCAAGACAUUGGUUACUUUGACCUGCAAAUGGCCAGCACCACCCAAGUGGUCACCGGCGUCUCCAACGACACCCUCGUCGUUCAAGACUUCCUUAGUGAGAAGUUGCCCAACUUCAUAAUGAACGUUGCAACCUUCGCUGGGUGUUACGUGAUAGCAUUUGUGUUGAUGUGGAGGCUGGCCUUGGUAGCUCUUCCAUUUGUAGUGCUUGUGAUAGCUCCAAGCUUGAUAUGUGGAAGGAUUCUGAUGGGUAUGGGAAGGAAGGUUGGAGAUGAGUAUGGUAAGGCUGAUAGUAUAGUGGAGCAAGGUGUGUCGUCUAUUAGAACUGUUUACUCUUUUGUUGGAGAAAGCAGGAUCAUGGGGGAAUUCUCAACAGCACUGCAAGAUUGUGUUAGGCUUGGGUUGAAGCAGGGUUUGGUAAAGGGUAUGUGUAUUGGAAGCAAUGGCAUCGUUUCCUCUAUUUGGUCUAUCUUGUUUUGGUAUGGAAGCAAAUUAGUGAUGUACCAUGGUGGGCGAGGAGGAACCGUAUUCACUGUUGGAGCCUGCAUCAUCAUUGGUGGCAUAUCAUUGGGCAGUGGGUUUGUGAACUUGAAGAACCUCUCUGAAGCUUGUGCUGCAGGAGAACGUAUAAUCCAGAUAGUAAAUAGGGUACCAAAAAUAGAUUCAGAUAACACUGAAGGCCAUAUUCUAAAAAGCAUUUCAGGGGAGGUUGAAUUCAAACACAUAGAAUUCGCAUACCCAUCCAGACCAGAGAAUGCAAUUCUCAGAGAUUUCUCACUCAAAGUACCAGCAGGAAGGACAGUUGCUUUAGUUGGAGGGAGUGGUUCUGGAAAGUCUACAAUAAUCUCCUUGUUACAGAGGUUUUACGACCCACUUAGUGGAGAGAUACUUCUUGAUGGAUUCAAUAUAGUUAAACUUCAGCUCAAAUGGCUUCGAUCUCAAAUGGGUUUAGUGAGCCAAGAACCAGCUUUAUUUACUACCUCCAUUAAAGAAAACAUACUCUUUGGCAAAGAGGAUGCCACCAUGGAUGAGGUAGUUGCAGCAGCAAAAUCUGCAAAUGCUGAGAGUUUCAUUUCUCAACUGCCACAAGGAUACGAUACCCAGGUUGGUGAGGGAGGCACUCAAUUAUCAGGAGGACAAAAACAGAGGAUAGCAAUCGCCAGAGCAGUGAUUAGAGCCCCAAAGAUCCUUCUAUUAGACGAGGCAACAAGUGCAUUAGACUCAGAAUCAGAGAGAAUUGUUCAAGAAGCACUUGACAAGGCUGUGGUAGGCCGAACCACGAUUGUUAUCGCUCACCGUCUUUCCACAAUUCACAAUGCUGAGAUGAUCUCUGUAGUUCAGAAUGGGCAUAUCAUGGAAUCAGGUUCACAUGAAGAGUUGAUCCAAUAUGAAAAUGGAUUGUACAGCUCAUUAGUUAGACACCACCAACAACAAGAAGCAGAGGAGAAAACCAAAGAGGAAGAUAGCCCAUCAAUAUCCCCAUCAUCAUUUCCACUGUCAAAACAUGAUAACAUCAAUGUCACCAAGCGCAAGCUCUCUUCAGAUAGUAGAUCCAACUCUGCAAAUUCCACAAUAGUGUCAAGUCAAGUAUCACAAAGGGGAGAAGGCAAUGACGAACAAGAAUUUCCUGUACCCUCGUUUCGAAGAUUAUUGCUUCUUAAUCUUCCAGAGUGGAAACAAGCAAUAUUGGGAUGCAUUAGCGCAGUGUUGGUGGGCGCAGUGCAGCCUGUGUUCUCAUUCUUGAUGGGUAGUAUGAUAUCUGUCUAUUUCUUGCCUAGUCAUGAGGAAAUUAAGUCAAAGGUGAGGAUGUACGCAUUCUUGUUCGUUGGCUUGACUCUAUUCUCAUUCAUCGUAAACUUGGGGGAACACUACUAUUUCGCUGUAAUGGGUGAAUCCCUAACAAGGAGGAUCAGAGAAAGAAUGUUGUCUAAGAUUCUUACUUUCGAAGUCGGGUGGUUCGAUCAAGAUAGCAACUCUUCUGGGGCACUUUGUUUUAGACUCGCCAAGGAUGCCAAUAUGGUCAGGUCACUCGUUGGGGAUCGAAUGGCUCUUCUCGUACAAACCUUCUCAGCGGUAACCAUUGCAUGGACCAUUGGUAUAGUUAUUGCAUGGAGGCUUGCGAUUGUAAUGAUGGCCAGUGAACCCCUUUUCAUCCUCUGCAGCUACUUCCGACUGAUUCUUCUCAAGAAAAUGUCAAACAAAGCCAUCAAAGCCCAAGAAGAAAGUAGCAAACUUGCGGCAGAUGCAACCUCAAACAUCCGAACAGUCACUGUUUUCUCCUCCCAAGCUCGAGUACUUGACAUGCUUGCCAAGGCUCAAGAAGGUCCACGAAGAGAUAGCAUUUGCCAAGCAAGGCUUGCAGGCAUUGUCCUUGGCACCUGCCAAGGCUUCAUGUACAGCACUCGAGCCCUCGAGUUCUGGUAUGGUGGAAAGCUCAUCUCUGAGGGAUACAUUACAGUUAAGGCCUUCCUUGAAACUUUCUUUACCUUAAUCAUCACCGGCCGUAUCAUCGUCGAUGCCUGCAGCAUGACCGCCGACUUGGCUAAAGGUUCUGACGCCAUUCGCUCUGUAUUUGCCGUUUUGGAUCGGAACACUCGGAUUGAGCCCGAUAACCCGGAAGGUUACAAGCCCGAAAGAUUGAUCGGUCAGGUAGAACUGCGAGACGUUCACUUUUCAUAUCCAGCGAGACCCAACGUCGUCAUCUUCGAAGGGUUCUCGCUUAGUAUUGAAGCGAGGAAAUCAACGGCUUUGGUAGGCCAAAGUGGUUCGGGUAAGUCAACCAUUAUAGGCCUGAUUGAAAGAUUCUAUGAUGCAUCAAAAGGAACGGUGGAGAUCGAUGGAAAGGAUAUAAAGGCGUACCAUCUGCGGUCACUGAGGAAACACAUUGGUCUUGUGAGCCAAGAACCAAUGUUAUUCGCCGGGACAAUCAGAGAUAAUAUAGCCUACGGCGCUUUUGAUGGAUGCAAGGUUGAUGAGGUAGAAAUCAUAGAAGCUGCAAGGGCAGCGAACGCUCAUGAUUUCAUCACAGCACUUAAAGACGGAUACGAUACAUGGUGUGGAGAUAGAGGAGUACAGUUAUCUGGAGGGCAGAAGCAGCGGAUUGCUUUAGCCCGAGCCAUACUGAAAAAUCCAGGGGUGCUGUUGUUAGACGAAGCAACGAGCGCGUUGGAUAGCGCGUCGGAGAAGGUGGUUCAGGAAGCAUUAGAGCGAGUGAUGGUGGGGAGGACGAGCGUGGUGGUUGCACAUCGUUUGAGUACCAUACAGAACUGCGAUGAGAUUGUGGUUAUGGAAGGAGGGAAGGUGGUGGAGAAAGGGACCCACUCGGCUCUUUUAUCUGUGGGACCCACUGGUGCUUACUACUCCCUUGUUAAGCUCCAAAAGACUCCUAAUACUGAGAAGCAUAUUUGAUUUAUAAUAGAUUAUAAAUUUGAUCUCCUAAAUCAUAAUUAAGCAUUGUAUGUUAAUGAAGAUUCAGAGGCAAUCCAUGAGGUGUGGUUCAAGUAAAACUGAUUCACCCACUAUUGGGUCAAGUGAAGAUUGACAUGACACGACAUAUAAAUGUAGUAGCAACUUGU